AUGUCAACAGUCGAAUUCAACAUCUUCCGCGGCUCAGAGAGCGGCAAUGUCGUCCCUGACACUGUCAGACGCACUAUCCAGCCCACUGGAGUGUUUGUCGAGAUCACGCAUGCCGGACUCUGCGGGACAGACCGGCUAUACAAGAACAAGCCUAUUGCGUUAGGUCACGAGGGAGUAGGAAUCGUUCGGGGCGUUGGAAGUGCCGUUGAGUCCUUCAAGACGGGCGAUAAAGUUGGAUUUGGAUGGGUUCAGAAAGUGUGUGGGAAGUGCGACUAUUGCAUUACUGACAAGGACCAAUAUUGUGAGCAACGCGAGCCGUACGGGACUGAUGCUUUCAAGAUCGGCUCGUUUGCUACCCAUGCUGUCUGGGAUGAGAGUAUGUUGGUCAAGCUGCCUGAUAUCUUGGAGUCUCAAUUUGCUGCCCCCCUCAUGUGUGGUGGUGCCGCAGUCUGGGAUGCCUUGACGUCAUACGAUCUGAGACCGGGAGAUCGAGUUGGGAUUCAAGGCGUGGGUGGGAUAGGGCAUAUGGCUGUUCAGUUUGCCUCUGCAUUGGGAUACGACGUUGUUGCGUUUGGAUCGAAGAGCGAUAAAAGCGAGGUCAUGACGGGGCUGGGGGCAAAGGAGUUCCACGUCCUCGAAGAAGGCGUUUCUAAGACCGCAGUGAAGCCCGUCCAGCAUCUGCUAUGGUGUGGCAGUGGUGCGCCUGAUUUCGCCAGGAUCUUUCCCCUCGUCGCUCACUCUGGCACUAUCCAUCUCUUGACGGUCAGCUCUGAAACACCGCCUCUCCCUAUCCAGGCUCUAGUUUCCAACGGUAUCCGAAUCCAAGGAUCGUCUGGUGCUUCCCAGCUGGCUGUCAGGAAGAUGCUGCGCUUUGUCUCGCUCAAAGGAAUCCGGCCUAUCGUGAUGAGCUGGCCGAUGACCAAGGGUGGGAUUGAAGCUGCGUAUCAAAUGAUGGAGGAGGGGAGGAUGCGAUAUCGGGGGGUUAUUGUCAGCGAGAGACAUUUGACGGGCAAGUCUGCUGUUGAGAGAAUGUAAUCGAUUAUAAUAAAGAAUAGAACUGGUUAUACAAAUUAUACAAAAG